CUGGGAAGGAGGCAUAAUGUGCAGGCCCUGCUCAGGAAAUGCAGCCCUUCAGAAAAAAUCACCUAAUCUUGAAGUUGACGAAGGAAUUAUUUCUCUUCCAAGAAAGAAAACCUGGGAUAAGUUAGCAGUUCUUCAAGCUCUUGCAUCAACUGUAAAGAGGGAUCCCACAGCUCCUAACUACAUGUUUCAAGACGACCCAUAUCUUAUUCCUCGAACCACUACUGAGUUUCGUUUAUUUUCCUUAUCAAAAGAAUCUGGGGAAAAUGCAGCCAGAUAUAUUCUUGACAAACAUCCUAACCUUUUUGAGAUUGACAUAGCUGAACCUCAUGUACCGUGUCUCAUGCCAGAAAAAUUGCCAUUGCAACUUGAAGAAGUGGGUGAGGAUGCACUUAAGUAUCAGAUCCGUUUCAGAAAACUAAAAGCUUCGGUGGACAUGUAUGAUCAACUCAUGCAAGCAGGAACUUCAGUAUCUCUGGAGACAUCAAACAGCCUUCUUGAUCUCCUAUGUUUUUAUGGCGAUAGAGAACCUGAUCAGCUGAACUCUACUGAAAAUAACAGCAAAUUGGAACAACUGGAGGAAGCUUCAGAAGAAAGGAAAAAAAGGAGAAACUGGCAGAAUGGGAACCGUGGGCUUAAGUGGCGGGAGAACAAUAACGCUGAAAGAAUAUUUAACCUAAUGCCAGAAAAAAAUGCACAUUCGUAUUGUACAAUGAUCAGAGGAAUGGUGAAGCAUAGAGCAGCUGCAAAAGCUUUUGACAUGUACACUGACUUAUUGAAUAACAGGCUUAAGGCUGAUGUGCACACCUUCAAUGCGUUAAUCGUCGCAGCUUCAGAAGUACGGGAAAAGUACACUGAAAGAUGGGAACUUGUUGAAGACUUGCUGAACCAAAUGGCUCAACAGAAGAUACAGCCAAAUCUGCUCACUUUUAAUUCUGUCCUGAAGACUCUACGGUGGUGUGGUGCCUUUGGCAAGAGUAUGGCCCUUCGCACACUAAAUGAGAUGAAGGCACUAAAUAUAGAGCCUAGCCUUGCAACCUUUGACCAUCUUCUUGGCAUCUUUUAUAAACCAGCGGCAUCUUCUCGAGGCGAAACAGAAAUGAUCUAUGAAGUAAUGGAUGAGAUUAAGGGAAAGCGUUUUUACCCACAGGACCCAGACGAUGGCAACUUUUUUCCAAGUGCCAUGAAAAUAUGCCUCGACCUCAAGGAUAUUCAGCUCGCCUAUGAGCUACAUAACAUGCUGGAGACAGCAGAGAACAGGAAAAUGUUGGGAGACAUUGGCCAGCAGACUACUUACUGUGGAAGGUUUUUUACCUUGUUGUGCAUGAUGGAACAGCUUGACGUUGUAAUGAAGUGGUAUAAAGAAAUGGUCCCAUCAAUGUUUUACCCAAACUCUCAAGGGAUGCUGGAUCUUCUUUAUGCAUUGGACACAGCGAACCAUUUGGAAAUGAUUCCCCAGAUUUGGAAAGAUAUCAAGCAGCUUGGACAUGGCCGCAGACCUGCUAUGACAGAAGAGGUUCUGGCCCUCAUGGCCAGAGAUAAGCAGCCCCCAGAGACUCGAGUAGCAUUUGCUGACUGUGCUGCAGAUAUAAAAUCUUUCUGUGAGGCACAGGAAAGGAGACAAACAACCCUAGAAUGGACAGCCACUUCACUGGGUAAUUGUACUAUAUUGUUUGCCAGGGCUGGGCAAAUGCAGGAAGCCUGGAACAUGCUGGAGCUGUUUAAGAAACACAAUCGAAUCCCCAGUGAUUUGGUGAUGGAUGAAGUCUUGAAUUGCAUUAAGCAAAGCAAAGAGCCAAGUCAGGCCCUUGACCUGGUAAAGUUUGCUGCAGACUUCAGCUUACAAUCAACUUCAAAGCUUGCCAGGAGAGCUCUGGAAGAAUUUCAGCUCUCUGAAGAGCAAAGGAAAGUUCUGGCUGAUAUGACAGCAGAAAGCAGUGACAACAGUGAUGGUGAAUAGAUACCGGGAAGGAACCCCUUUCUCUUUCCUGAAAAAAGGGAUGCCUCUGAUCUGGCAUGUGGCAGUCAAAAUGGCUAUACUGGACUUUGCCUGGUUGCUAGUUUUACAUUCACUGUCCUGAUUGCUGACUAAUCCAUACUGGGCAUCUGUACUCAGGCAUGUCCUGUGUCGGAGAGACUUGACCCCUUUGCAUGUCACCUUACUCUGGAAAGCUAGAAUUUCCUACCUGCAACAGAGGAGCAGACCAAAAAGACAGUAAUUCCAUUGCCUCUACAAAAAUGGUUAAAAAUAAAGCGUAAUACAGUUUU